AUGAGGAACCGGAGCGAGCACCCGAGCGCGUAUGGCAGGCGCAUGCCCAUCGCCUUGAACCUCUCCGCCCACUCCCCCUCCCCCUUCAUCUGCAGCCACCCACAGCUGCACCACCUCCCCGUCGCGCGCGCGUUCGGGAACCGUCCUCCCCUCGCUAUCCUCCACCAGCUCCAGCUUCCGCGCAGGUUCCAUGGGCACGUAGGGGCCGGGAUUCCAGUUAAUGAGGCGGUUAGCAGCCCCGCGAGCACGUCUGCGAAGCCUCCACAGCCGUCCACCCACUCGAAUGUGAGGAAGCGGAUGGGAGGGUCUUGUAGGGAUGGGGGGUUGAGGGAGAGGGAGGGGGAGGAAGGGGGGGACGAGGGGGAGGAGGAGGAGGAGGAGGAGGAGGAGGAGGAGGAGGAGGAGGAGGAGGAGGAGGAGGAGGAGGAGGAGGAGGAGGAGGAGGAGGAGGAGGAGGAGGAGGAGGAGGAGGAGGAGGAGGAGGAGGAGGAGGAAGGAACGGAGGUAUUCUGA